AUGGAGACUCAUCUGCCCAUCGCAAUCAGUGUCUCCCAGUAUUUUGGUUGCUGGACACUCCAGUCUCUGCACCAGCUCAUUUGCGAGUUCACUACCAAAAGAGCAGAGCGGCAAUCUGGCCACGAAGACACGGAGGCCACCCCCACGCGGCUCGUGGACUUCAUGCCGCCAGCCUUCAUCGCCUGGAUCAUAAGUAUUCUGUACUCCUCGUUUGUCUUUGUCUAUCUACCUUCCGCGGGUUUGUCGCUUGCAAGCCCAGUGAGCCUGGCAUUCCAUGCGAUGAUUGCCAUGGUGCUUGCAAGCUACUACAAAGCUGCGGUGACAGACCCUGGCACCAUUCCGGACUCCCCCAUGUGGCGCACGUUCGGGCUCCCGCCAGCGCGCUUGAAGGACCGCAAGAGGUCGGGCGAGGCUCGCUGGUGCCGAAAAUCCGAGGCCUAUAAGCCUGACCGCUCGCACUAUUGCAGCGCGACGGAGAGGUGUGUCCUGCGGAUGGACCACUUCUGCCCAUGGCUGAACAAUACGGUCGGGCAUGCCAACCACAAGUUCUUCCUUCAGUUUCUGGCAUACGCAAGUUCUGCCUGUCUACUUGGCACCAUCAAAACGGUACAGCUGCUGGCCUCUGCGAGUUUGCCGCCGGCCACGGUGCUGGUACUCGUUGAGGCCGGGGCCAUCGGCACCCUGCUCUCGAGUAUCCUCAUCCCUUUCACGACCUUCCAUUGCUGGCUCCUUUGCAACAACAUGACCACCAUUGAGUUCUGCGAGCAGCAGCAGCAACAGCGCUUUGCGACGGACCAGGUUGGCUUGCACAUGCGGCACCGGUACGACAUGGGAUUGUACCACAACCUGGCAUCAGUACUUGGCAGCAAUCCAUUGCUCUGGCUGAUCCCGGUUGGUGGCCCGGUUGGCGACGGAUUGAGCUUCCCCAUGUUGGAGGACACUAAAGAGUCAGAAGUGGAGUGGAUAGACGAGGGCAGCACAACGGCAUCUGCUUCCGAUGGCCUUGCCGCCUGCUCGUCGUCAGAGAAGUAUGCCUCUGACCGGUCCUCCGACGAGAAGCUCCGUGAUCCAGCAAAGUCCAGCGCAAGUGAAGGUAACUUGGCGAUGGCCAUCUAUGACGGAUGCGCCAUGUUCAAAGGCUUCAUGCAAGAUGCGGCUACGAGAAUCUCGCACAUUUGCUGCGCCGAUCCACAAAGGAAUUGCUGCGCAGCCACGUACCGCAGACCCCUGGAAAACAAGGACGUUGAGGACAUUUCCCACACCAACGGGCUGCAGGAGCCGGCCUACCCGGCGCUGCCGACCACUUGGAUGGAGGACAGCUCUACCGAGGGUGGAUAUUCCUCCGAUGAGGAGAUCGUCGAUGUGGAUGUAAGCAUUCGUGUUGUAUCCGAGAGAGAGUUCCGAAGGAAGGUCUGGGGGAUAUAUUCCGAUGAUGGAUAUUCCUCCGAUGACUCAGAGCAAAGCACCCACAGCGUGCGUAUUGUGCCUGCUGUUAGUGUUGGAUCCUCUUUCCUGUGA